AGAUAGAUAGAUGUUUUAUAUGCUCUCGUAUGAGCAUCUAUGAAAUUUGAUCUUUCAUAUUUUUAAAAGAUUAGUGUAAAAUAAAAGAAUAAUAAUAAAUGAAAUCACCUCGAGCUCUAUAUAAACGAGUCCAGCCUUACAAAAUUAUAUCCGUGCACAAAUAAGUUCAUUUACACUGACUAAUCUAUAAUUUUUGCACUAAUCAUGAGGAGCUUCAUUUUAACCUCAACACUCUUUGUAGCUCUGCUAUGCUUUGUCUCUCUCCCGAUUUCAACCGUUGGUUUUCGAAAGAUACCGUGGCCUAAGCCAUCAGAACUAGUGGCAAGCCACGGCAAAGUCUCUGGCCGCCUAAGAGACUCUAAGAUUGGUUCGGCUACCUCUUCCGUAUCAGACUCUAACGCACCUCUAUCACCCCCAAGAUUGCUACCGGGAUUUCCCAACAUCCCGUGGCUUCCUAACAUCCCGGGAAUUCCCAUCAUCCCAAUCCCGGAAAUACCAAACAUUCCAAGGAUUCCUAACAUUCCGGAAAUACCAAACAUCCCAGGGCUUCCUAACAUUCCGGGCCUCCCUAACCUCCCAGGAUUUCCUAACCUCCCUAGACUUCCGGGACUUCCUCCUUUACCGCGGGUCCAAUCGGAAGUUGUAUCGAAAUCGGCUAAAGUGGAGAAGUGCUUGACGAAAGAUGGAUCAAAGACCUCAGAGAAAUGCUUUUCACAAAUAUUGUCUAGCUCGGCAAAGAAAGAUAUCGCAUUGGACAAGGAGUGCUGUGAGAUUGUUGUGAAUAUGGACAAGAAAUGCAAUAGGCACGUUCACAUGUUGUUCAAGAGCCCAUUCAUUGUUCCUCUUCUUCGAUACUCGUGUCACAUCAAGCACACCAAAGUCUAAGCGAGUCCCUCCAAUGGAUAUUUAGUUAUAUAUGUUUGCCGUAUAGAGUAUGCGUCAUUUCCAUAGUUUCCUGUCGUGAUAAUCUCAUGGACUUAUUGUUGGAGUAUUUACUACUCUUAACUCAUCUCUUAGAAUUCUACACAUCAUCUCUUAGAAUUCUACACAUUUAUCUCUUGCUUUGACCAUCUCUAUGUCUCUUCGAUUCUCUCUAUGUAUUGUGUAUAUAUAUAUAUCUGUAAUCCUUCUGUUUCAAUCAAUAAAAUAAGAGAUUCUCUUCUAUUCUA